UCUUCUUUCUUUCUCACUCUCUCUCUCACACAGACCAACAUACACGCACCUGUCUCACAGCUCUCUUCUCUCCUCCAGACUCUGACAUCCAGACGUCAGCUUCCAGCUUCUCCUUGUCUUUCUCAGAACCCACUUCACCUCCAUCUCUCUCUCUCUCUCUCUCUCCUCUUCUCUCUCUCUUUCUCUCCAUCCCUCCCUUCGAUCAUCUCUGUCUGUCUAUCCGCCUGUGUGUGUAUUCCUGUGUGUGUGUGUAUCCAUUGGGGAGCCAUGAGCCUGCAGAGGAAGAAGCGUUUCAGCUCCAGCUCCGUGCGCAGCAGCAGCGGCGGCGCCGGGAAGCUGGGGGGCUACGCGGGCACGGGCUUCAGCGGCGCCUCGCUCGGCGCGGCCCCCUCCGCGUACCUGGGCUCCCCCAUCUCCUCCGUCUCGGUCAACAAGAGCCUGCUGGCCCCCCUCAACCUGGAGAUCGACCCCACCAUCCAGGCCGUCCGCAACCUGGAGAAGGAGCAGAUCAAGUCCCUCAACAACCGCUUCGCCUCCUUCAUCGACAAGGUGCGUUUCCUGGAGCAGCAGAACAAGAUGCUGGAGACCAAGUGGGAGCUGCUGCAGGACACCAGGCCACAGCCCUCCAACAUCGAGCACAUGUUCGAGGCCUACAUGGCCAACCUGCGACGCCAGCUGGAUGUGGUGAACAAUGACAAGAUGAAACUGGAUGGAGAGCUGAGGAACAUGCAGAGCCUGGUGGAAGACUUCAAACACAAGUACGAGGAUGAGAUCAACAAGAGAAACAAUCUGGAGAACGACUUUGUGAUCCUGAAAAAGGAUGUGGACGCAGCAUACCUGGUGAAGGCAGACCUGGAGGACAAAGUGGGAGCUCUGACAGAUGAGAUCAACUUCCUGCGCACCAUCUAUGAGGAGGAGCUGCGUGAGAUCCAGGCCUGCGUCCGGGACACGUCAGUGGUGGUGCAGAUGGACAACUCCCGCCGCCUGGACAUGGACCAGAUCGUAGCUGAGGUCAAGGGUCAGUACGAGGACAUCGCCUCCAAGAGCCGAGACGAGGCCGAGUCCUGGUACAAGAGCAAGUUUGACCUGAUGUCCAAACAAGCCAACCAGUAUAACGAUGACCUGCGUAACGCCAAAGGAGAGAUCGGUGAGCUGAACCGUGUCAUCAGCCGAGUGCAGAACGAGAUUGAGUCUGUCAAAGCACAGCGUGCCAGCCUGGAGAGCCAGAUCGCUGAGGCGGAGGAGCGCGGCGAGAUGGCGGUGAAGGAUGCCAAGGCGCGCAUCCGCGACCUAGAAGACGCUCUGCAGCGAGCCAAGCAGGAUAUGGCGCGGCAGGUGCGCGAAUACCAGGAGCUGAUGAACGUCAAGCUGGCCCUGGACAUCGAGAUCGCCACCUACAGGAAGCUGCUGGAAGGAGAGGAGAGCAGAAUUGGACACAAUCCUGUGCUGAGCAUCCAGUCUUUCCCCAAUUCAAAUUACAGCCCCAAAGCUAUGAACGGGAGCAGCUCUCCGACCCCAAAGCUUCUCAUUAAGACCACAGAGGUGAGGGACCACUCCAGAUACAGCAGCUACUGAGAUGCCCGCUAUAGGCCUGCCCCUGCUCUCCACACCGGGAAACCCUGUUCCUACACCCAUUGCUCUGCAUCCCUGCACGUGAUGAGCUACGAAUCCUGCUCUCUUCCGAUAGAUACUUUAGAUGGCAGUUACGAAAAUCUGCUGAUGUCUGCUAACCUAGAAAAGAAAUUUUAGUAGGCCUAUUUCCCGAGGAUAUCUUAUUUUACUAUCUAUGGAUCGGUGGUAGUGGACAGAAAAUAGUUGUAGAUAUAGCGGUAGAUAUUGCCAUGGUUACCUAUGGGAAAGGAACAAUUGUGUGCUUGUGAUGUACAGUACGCUUGAUGACAGCAAUACCUUUCUUGAAUGCUUGUGUAACAGCUAGCUCAUUGAUGGUUACUUGUGUACUAUAAACUGACUAACAAAAACAAGCUUCUAGUACAACUGGAAAUAUAUACAAAUAUGUGACUAAUUGAAUU